UCUGCAUGUCCGUUUUCUAAAUUAAAAAUUUAAACACACCACACAUAUUUAUAGGAAAAUAAAUUAGCAAUUGGAAGUCAUAACAGUUUUCUGUUUAAAAUACAAAAAAACAAAUAUAAUUACAUAAGUGAAAUCAGGAUGUAUUGAUAGAUAGGAUACAACACAUAUUUACCACAUUGAAUACAUAAAGAUUAUCUUAUAAAGUAUCCAAGAUGGAAUUCAAUUGAGACAUGUAUAUACAUAAUAUUUAUAUAUGCAUAUAUAUAGUUAGCGAUCUAGGAAAAAAACUAUAACACUAGUAUAGAAAGAUACAGAAGUGAAAAAAAUUAAAUAAUGAACAAUCAGUUGCCAGCAGAAUCUUUUACAACAACCGCAACAAUCAAUGGAAACACUUAUGACAGUUUAUUAACUAUGUCACAAAAGUAUACAGAAUUACUUAAUUUGUGCACAUCAAUGCUUAUGAUGAACAGUGCAACUAUGAAUAUGAAUCAAACUUUCACAAAUAAUUGGAUUGGUGAAAUCAAUCAUAAAGUCAACUUAUCAAAUCCACCAAUUCAUUCAAAAUCCGAUCAAUUGCCAACAUCUAAAGCACAUAUUUUUCCGACAACAUCUUUACAAUUAAAUCAACCGAAAUAUCAAACAUCACAAUCUCCACUAUUAUUUGAUUUCUCUUCAGAUCUAGGCAAAACCGAGCAUUCAUCGCAUCGUAUACCAAGUUGGCGUAAUUUUCUCAUUUGUAUUUACACUCUAUUAACAAUAUGCGGUGCAACAUUCAAUUUAAUUUUGAUAUUUGCCUUGUUAAAAUUUAGAAAACAAACAUUAUCGCACAAUAUUACAAAUUUGUUUGUAUUAUGCUUAGCUGUAUCCGAUAUAUUUUUGUGUUCAGUGAGUAUGCCAAUACAAUUAUAUUAUGAAAUGACAGAGAAUCAUAAACCAAGUACAGAUUUAUGCCGAGUAUUAUUUAGUAGUUUCGGUAUACCAAUGUAUAUAUCAUGUCUAACUAUUUUAUUAAUUGCAUUUGAUAGAUAUCGUCUUAUUGUUUAUCCAUUAAAAACACAAUUAACACCGAAAGCAGCAUUUGGUCUAAUUAUUAUUGUCAUAUUAUUUAGUGCAUUGAAUUCAAUACCAGUUGCAUUACAAGUAAAUAGUGAAGGUUUAAAUGAUUAUCAUUAUUGUGUAGAAUCAUGGCCAAGUCCACAAUUACGAUUUGCUUAUUCUGUAUCCAUUUUUGUUAUAUUAGUGCUAUUACCGUUAAGUGCAUCAGGUGGAUUUUAUUUAGCUAUCUAUCGACGAUUAAAGCAACGUCCUUGUCAAUUAAAUACUAAUAAAGAAGCAGAAAAACGCAAAAAGCGUACAACUAGUUUACUAGUAAUAACAGUUGUUUGUUUUGCAGUCUGUUGGACACCAUGGUGUUUAUAUUCAUUAUUAUUAGAAGUACAAGCUUUAUUAAAUGUUGAAAAUGAUUUACCAUCAGCAAGUAAAUAUGAUUUAAUAAAAUUUAAUAGAUUAUUCAAUUCAAGUCAACAAACAAUUCACAAAGAGGAUGAAACAUGGAAAUACUCUAUUGGUUUGAAAACAUGUGAAGACUUUCUAUGGUAUACAAUGAAUCAGUCAUUACCUAUUAUGAAUGGAAAUUUUACAAUGGAUUCAUCGAUUGAGUUAAUGAAACCAAAUAUGAAUAUUAUACCGGGGAGACACAUAAAAAUUAUUGAUCUUUUAUUAAAAUUAUUUGCAAUGGGUUCUGCCUGUGUCAAUCCAUUGUUGUAUGGAUGGUUAAAUGAACCGAUACGUGUAAUAAUGCGUAGACAAUACAGUAGAUUUGAAGGAUGCUUUAAAUGCUUUGAAAUUAGAAGACGUCGUGCAGACAAUAAAAAACAUAUGAAAAAUCAUAUAGAGGAACAAAAUUUACAAAAAAGACCAUUAAUUAAUAUUUCUUGCUUUGAUAAACACAAAUCAACAUUAUUAUCAUCAUCAUCCUCCAAAUUUUUGAGACCUUCACAUUUCAUUAAAUCCAAUUUAGAUUAUGAUACGAAGCCAAAAGUGAUAAUUGACAGACCAAAAAUUGGUAGUAAGCAACUAAAUGAUGCUCGAUCAGUGAGUUAUGCUGAAGGAGAUACUGAUCUCAAUAACAAAGACAGUUUAAAUCAAAUAAUCGUAAUAAAAAAUAAUAAACUUGACUCUGAUACUGAGAUUUUAACUAACAAUGAUGAUAAUAAUAAUAAUACUGUCGACAGCAAUCGAGGCUAGUCUGAUUUACUGCCACUAAAAUGACUUGAAUUUAGAGGAGAACCACGAGUUAAUAGAUUAUGACUGAAUGUAUUCAAUUGUUAGAGUAAAACACCAAAUUAUUCAAAUUUAAUUCCUUAAUUUUUUUCCACACAUAAAACAGAACGUCCCACACUUCACAUACAAAGAAACGGAGAAUCUGUUAACUUUUAUGUAUCCAAGGAUGACGAAUGAAUAGAUGAUUAUCAGACAGUGAUAACAGUUCAUUGAUAACAAUACAUAUAAAUUUAACAGAAGAACUCCCUCGCAAACCUGCCUACUUUGUAUUGAGUGCAGCAUCACUAACUUAUUGGGUAUACAAUUGAAAUAAUUUCAUUUUCUUUUUGUGACAACUGAAUUUCACGCAACAAUAUGGACACUAUUUUGAACAUUCUGACCAUAGUACAAUAUAAUUGCAGGAAAAUAGGUGAGAACCUUAAUUUUAGUUUACACACAAUUUGCUCUUAUAUGAUAUGCCAAGUAAAAAAGACAAGAUAUAAACUACAAACAUCAUUUUUAACACCACUUUUAUUGACUUCAUAUUAAAGACAGUAAAUAUUGCACGAUACUACUUUGUCAUAGAUAUAGGUCGACUUGUAACGAAUAUACUGUAGUUAUCAUUACCAGGAAAGAUUUAAGAAACAACUAACAAAAGA